AUGGGAGGGACACAGGACAAGUCUGUGGAUGCUUUUGGGGGUGGGGACAAUGGAGACUCCAACCUCACCUGCAACACUUCUCUAAAACAGGCAAAGCAGAUUGACAAACUGUUCAGACUUCCCAAGAGGGUGGGGCCUCAGACCACCGCCUCCCAGACACACUGCUUGUAACACCUCACCUUCUUUGGAAGCACAUUCCUGGUGAUGCCCAAUGCUGUUGACGUCCGUCAGACUGCUGAAUUCUUUGCCACCUUCGAGGACAACCCUGUGGUUGUGACCACUGUGGGCUGCCUCUGUGUGGUCUAUGUGUUGGUGGUGAUCUUGGCAAGAAGGAAGGAUGCAAAGAAUCAGGCCAAGGUGAAAGUCACAGUGCUGGAGGACAAUGAUCCCUUUGCCCAGUACCACUACCUGGUUACAGUCUACACUGGACACCGACGAGGAGCAGUCACAUCCUCAAAGGUAACUGUCACCCUGUAUGGCUUGGAUGGAGAGAGUGAGCCCCACCACCUGUCAGACCCCGACUCCCCAGUUUUUGAGCGAGGAGGAGUGGAUGUCUUCUUGCUUUCUACCCUGUUUCCCCUGGGAGAGCUGCAGAGCCUCAGGCUAUGGCAUGACAACUCAGGGGACCGGCCAUCCUGGUGCGUAAGCCAGGUGCUGGUCUAUGACCCGGCAAUGAACCAGAAGUGGUAUUUCCUCUGUAACUCAUGGCUGUCCAUUGACGUUGGAGACUGUGUCCUCGACAAGGUGUUUCCAGUGGCCACGGAGCAAGACAGGAAGCAGUUCAGCCACCUGUUUUUCAUGAAAACCUCCUCGGGCUUCCAGGAAGGGCACCUUUGGUACUCUGUCUUCAGCAGCUUGGCUCGGAGCAGCUUCACGCGUGUGCAGAGGGUGUCCUGCUGCUUCUCCUUGCUCCUCUGCACCAUGCUCACCAGUAUCAUGUUCUGGGGUGUCCCCAAAGACCCAGCUGAGCAAAAGAUGGACUUGGGCAAAAUUGAGUUCACGUGGCAAGAAGUGAUGAUUGGACUGGAGAGCUCUGUCCUCAUGUUCCCCAUCAACCUCGUGAUCGUCAGCUUUCGAAAUGCCCGUCCUCGGGUCACAGAGGAUCAGAACCCUGGGAAAAAAGACCACGGGCUCCUCAGCCUGACUCCCUCACCACAGCCAGUGGAGGAUAGCCUUCUGACCCCUGAAGCAGUGACCAAAGACAUGUGGAGAUUGGUCAGCUCACUAUUUAAAGCUCUGAAGACCCCACUGCCAGCCUUGGGCUGGGACUCUGCGAGUUUGAUGGACAUCAACAACCUCCUGGCCUUGGUGGAAGACAUCGUUUGUCUGCAGAACAUGGCCCGGCAGGGGUUUUGGGAGGAAAGCAAAAAGACAGAGGACUCUUUUGCGCUCACUCUUGGGACUAUGCAUGUGAAAAAGAAAACACAGCACCUCAAGCCCAAGCUGGCCCAGAGUGGCUCUUGGAAGGACAGCACCUACAGGCAGUGUCUCUACCUUCAGCUGGAAUGCAUGGAACAAGAGCUGCAGCUGGUGGGGCCCAGGGGGUUCCCGAAGCACCACAGCCAUGCCCAGGCCCUCAGGCAGCUGCAGACCCUGAAGAGCUGCCUUAGGGGACAGCCUGGCCUCCUGCCCCCAGCGUGUGCCAGCACUCCUCGGGCCAGCAGGCCCCCUGGUAGCCUGCCCUGGUGGUGUGUCUUGGUGGGCUGGUUCCUGGUGGUGACCACCAGCGGUAUGGCAGCCUUCUUCACCAUGCUCUAUGGCUUGCACUAUGGGAGGGCCAGUUCCCUCAGGUGGCUCAUCUCCAUGGCUGUCUCCCUUGUGGAGAGUGUGUUCAUCACCCAGCCCCUAAAGGUGCUGGGCUUUGCUGCUUUCUUUGCAUCGGUCUUGAAGAGAGAGGAUGAGGACGACACUGCGCCCUUCCUGCCAAGAUAUCUGCGUGGCCCAGGCCCCUAUGCCCGGUUCCAAACACGGAGACGUAGCAGCAAGGAGGACUACCAGCCACUUCUUGCCACCACUGUAGAGAAGAUGAAAAACAUCCGCCUCAAGGAACAGAAGGCAUUUGCCCUCAUCAGAGAAAUCCUUGCAUACCUGGGUUUCCUGUGGAUGCUGUUGCUGGUGGCCUAUGGGCAGAGGGACCCCAGUGCCUACCACUUCCACAGGCACCUUGAGCAAAGUUUCACCCAAGCCUUCUCAGCUGUGUUGGGCUUCCAAGAGUUCUUUGAGUGGGCCAAUACCACCCUCGUGAACAACCUGUAUGGUCAUCACCCAGGCUUUGUCACUGAUGGGAACGCCAAGCUGGUUGGCAGUGCCCACAUUCGCCAAGUGAGGGUCCGGGAAAGCUCUUGCCCUCUUGCCUUGGCUUCUUUUGAUGGAUGCCAUGCACCAUAUUCUCUGGAUGUGGAAGACUUGGCAGAUUAUGGGGAGGGUUGGAAUGCCUCCACCCUCAAUAACAGCAGUGGCUUUCCCCAGGCUUGGCAGUACCAAAGCCAGAGCCAACGUCAAGGUUAUCCCAUGUGGGGCAAACUCACUGUGUAUGGGGGAGGAGGCUAUGUCGUCCCCUUGGGGACUGAUCGCCAAAGUGCAUCAAGAAUUCUCCAGUAUCUCUUUGACAACACCUGGCUGGACACUCUGACAAGGGCUGUGUUUGUGGAGUUCACUGUCUACAAUGCCAAUGUCAACCUAUUUUGCAUUGUCACACUCACACUGGAGACCAGCGCUCUGGGAACCUUCUUCACACACGUGGCCCUGCAGAACCUGCGCCUGUACCUCUUCACAGACGGCUGGCACCCCUUCGUGGUGGCAGCAGAGCUCAUUUACUUCGUCUUCCUCUUCUAUUACAUGGUGGUGCAGGGCAAGUUCAUGAGGAGGCAGAAGUGGGGCUAUUUCUGCAGCAAGUGGAAUCUUCUGGAACUGGUCAUCAUCCUGGCUAGCUGGAGUGCCCUGGCAGUGUUUGUGAAGAGGGCCAUCCUGGCAGAGCGUGACCUCCAGCGCUACUGGGAGCACAGAGGGGGUGAGGGGGUCAGUUUCAGUGAGACAGCAGCAGCUGACGCUGCCCUUGGAUACAUCACUGCCUUCCUGGUCCUCCUGUCCACGGUGAAGCUUUGGCAUCUUCUCAGGUUGAAUCCCAAGAUGAGCAUGAUCACAUCAUCCCUGCGCCGUGCCUGGGGCGACAUUUCAGGCUUUAUUACCGUCAUCCUUGUCAUGCUCCUGGCUUAUUCCAUUGCGGUGAGUGUUCAACUUGGUUGGAAACUCCGUUCCUACAAAAGCCUCUCUGAUGCGGCAGAAACGCUGAUCAGCCUUCAGCUGGGGAUCUUCAACUAUGAGGAGGUCUUGGACUACAGUCCAGUGCUUGGCUCCUUUCUCAUUGGGUCCUGUAUUGUGUUUAUGACAUUUGUGGUGCUAAAUCUGUUUAUUUCUGUCAUCCUUGUGGCCUUCAGUGAGGAACAAAAAUAUGAUUAGCUGUCGGAGGAAGAAGGAGAGAUUGUGGAUUUGCUCCUGAUGAAGACACUCAGUUUCCUGGGUGUCAGAUGUAAAAGAGAGAGGCCUCUGAGCAGUGGUGAGCAGCCCCAGUCACCCUCUAAGACUCUGUUCCCUCAGCAGGCACAAGCUUUGCCCAGGCUUUAA